CAAUCCCACAAUGCAAGGAUAAAGAUGGCUGCGCCCGGUGACUCUAGAGCAUCAACCUCCUCUCCUCAAGCAACCGGCUUUGAGGGAUUCCCUUUCAACAUUACAAACAAGACACCAAGCGAUGCUUCUGCCAAAGAGCAAGAAAAGCCCGGAGAACAGAAAAAGAAACCAUGUAGGGCGUGUACGGAUUUUAAAUCGUGGAUGAAGAUGCAGAAGAAACAGGCUGUUGUAACACAGGAGAGCCGGGUGGAGGAAGAGACAGAAAGACGACCGGAGUGCCCUCUUGACAGGGAGGAGCUGGGCAGAAAUACGUGGUCCUUUCUUCAUACGAUGGCAGCCUAUUACCCCGAUACACCCUCCGACAACCAACAGCGUGAAAUGAAGCAGUUCAUAAACCUGUUCUCUAAAUUCUUCCCCUGUGAAGAGUGCGCAGAAGACCUGAGAACAAGACUAAAGACGAACCAGCCAGACACGAGUAGCCGGCACAGUCUUUCUCAGUGGAUGUGUCGGCUCCAUAACGGCGUCAACAUUAGACUAGGCAAACCGGAGUUUGACUGUUCCAAAGUCGACGAGCGAUGGAGAGACGGCUGGAAAGACGGGUCAUGUGAUUGACAACCGAUGAAAACAAUUCACAAGCCCUGACAACAGAACAGGGCAGUACAUGAUGUUUGCUGAAGUGGAUCUCUGCCUUGUCUUUUCAACUGCUUUCUGUUGCUUGGAAUAAUCUCUGCAACUAGCUAGACACUAAUUUACAGGAUUACUGUUUGCCACUGACUUUACAUUUACGUACUUGGUCUCAGAAAUGU